GAACAAAAAUCGAUGUGUGUUUGCGGGACUUUAGUGUAUAGAUCAAAUUUGGUUGGACUAACUAGAAUUUUACAUUUCAGAUUGAACCGUUCUAAAUCUUCCCUUUUGAUUCACAAAACCUGCUCUAUAUGCGUUACUGUAGCUUUACUGACUGCUUAAAGAAUCGGUCAUUAGUAUCUAUAAACCUUCGUCUUAAACUAUUAUAAUUAAUGCCAUAUUUUGCUCUGUACCUGUGCUGUACUGACGAUGGCCUCGCAACCAUUGGACAAUUAAUUGAUUGUUAGUCUAUUUACAAAGUGGAAAACUGUCACAUUAAUUUUCCUUUGUUCAGAGGAAAGGUCAGCAAUGAAUUUCGAUAAUCGUCACGUAAUAUCACCAAACCAAAACCAAUAAUGUUGUCCGUUUUAAGCUGACAAGUGGGAGAAAAGUCGGUGGGCAGAGUCCAAGUCCAGACCCCAGAGCGGAGGAUGGGAGUGUGUCCAUCCCGCCUUUUUCUUCAACCGGACUCCGUCUCCUAUAAAUAUGCAACCCGACUCAACUCCAACAAGAUUUCGUUUGUGCCCUGCUUACCUCACUGCAACGACACUCUCAACUCUAUCAUAAUGACCAAGUCAAUGGUUGUCAUCUUCGCUUUUCUGCUAGUCGACCUUGCCAUGGCUCAAAACAAACCAGCCCAGCCAAUCACCGCAGCUGAAGCAGCCCCAGCUGCAGCUGAUGCAGCCAAAGAGUCCCUGCAGGGAUCCGAAGCCGUCUACCUCGCCCAUCCGUACGGAGCACAUCCGUAUCCGUAUGCCGCCUAUCCUUACGCCGCCUAUCCCUACGGAGCCUACCCGUACGCAGCUGUCCCAUACGGUUACCCAUACCCCUUCUUCAGGCGCUGAAUAAGACAUUGAAGAUUGUUGUUUUAAAUUUCAUUUAUUUGGACCAGAAGUUUAUAACUAUGGUCCAAAACACAUUCUCAAGAAAACCAAAUCACUAGUACCGUAGUCAAUAUCUUCUAAAUUAAUUGUCUCCUAGAUAUUCUUGACAUAAAUUUUCAACUGAAAAAUUGAAAAAUUCUCUGUUCUUGUGGAAAUAAAUUACUCCAUAAAAUAAGAAAA